GACCGACCUGGAAUCAGAUAUUGCACUUUUUUUCUUCUUCACUUCCUUUUCCUUUCUUUUCCCACGAAAAGUUUCUUUUUUUUUUUUCUUUUUCUUUCCUCCCAAACAGCCCCGAUUUUCACGCGGAUAUCUGAAAAUCUCUUAAGUUUUACUCUUUCUGUCCGAUCCAAACAACAAUAUCGGAAAACUCAUUCAAAAAAUCCCUGAUUUGAUGGUCAAUGAAUAAAUAUGGGAGAAGAAGUGAAGAUGAGUGAAUUUGAAGCUAAAGGCGGAGACGAUGAAGAAGCAACCGCAACCUCCAUCGCUGCCGUCGUUGACGAAAGGGUUCUGGAAUGGGAGAUGGGAUUACCGAACUGCGAUGAUUUAACUCCGUUAUCUCAAUCCUUAAUCCCACCGGAACUCGCCUCCGCUUUCAGUAUCUCGCCGGAACCUUGUCGGACCGCUCUCGACGUCAGCCGCGCUUCUCACAGUACGCUCUUUUCCAUCCGCUCCAUUGGGGUUCACUCCACCACCGAUAACAAUAACAACAACAAUAAUAACAAUUUUCGUUCUUUUAGUGACUCGAUGGUAGUUGAACCGGAAGGGGAGGGCUCGGGGUCGGGUUCCGGUUCCGGAUCCGACCCGAAGAAGAUGAGGAAGAUGGAUAUUGCGGAGGAAGCGGAUUCAGCGGUUAGGACAACGGAGGAUUCGGACGAUCCAUCAGCGAGGACAUUGAAACGACCACGUUUAGUGUGGACGCCUCAACUGCACAAAAGAUUCGUUGAUGUGGUGGCCCAUUUAGGGAUAAAAAACGCGGUUCCCAAAACGAUCAUGCAGCUAAUGAACGUCGAAGGCUUGACCCGAGAGAACGUGGCCAGUCAUUUGCAAAAAUAUCGGCUUUACUUGAAAAGAAUGCAAGGGUUAAGCAACGAAGGCCCAUCGGCUUCCGAUCAGCUGUUUGCAUCAACGCCGGUGCCGCAGAGUCUUCAUGAGAGUGUAAACGGCGGCGGAGGAGGAAGUGGUGUUGGUGGUGGUAGUGCGAAUGGGAAUGGGCAUGUGGGGAUGGCUAUACCGAUACCUUAUGGGGCACCGAUGAUGCCGGUACCGAUGCCGAUGUAUGGUCAUGUGGUGACGCAUCAAGGAGGGUAUCAUCAUCAGAAUGGGUAUGAAGCGAAUUCGUAUGGGAUGAUGCAGCAGAGAGAUUGGUCUGGUGGGAAUAAAUAUGGGUCAGUAGCGUCGUAUCCCCAUCAUAUGGCUCUCAAUGAUAAUUUAAAUUAGCUGGAUUUUUGUACAAAGGAGGUUUCCCUUGUGGUUCGCUAGUUCUACAGCUUGCUGCCAACUAAGGAUAACAAAGGAGCACAUGAUGUCUGUAGAUACACUGCUAUUGCUGGAGUAGAACUGCCACA